AUGGCGAGCUCCGCUUUGACUUUCGACACCGCCACCUUUGGUUCCUCCCUGAGCCUGCGCAGCCUCGCCCGGACCGGGUCGGAGAUAUCAGUCCACAGCAGAGUUCGCCUGGGCGCGGACAACACCUACGUUGCCUACAGCACCUUCAUCGAGCUCGACAACGACAACAUCCCCGUUUUGUACGACACUGUGCAGGUCUAUGCGGACAUCAGUGGAUCCGCCAAGAGGGGCAUCACCAUCAAGGGCGACGGCGGCCGCCUGCAUGGCGCAUGGGUCGCGGACGUUGCUGUUUCCACCUCGGAUCGCAACCUCAAGAACUCCAUCAUGCCUUUGUACCAAACCUUCCAUGGACGAGGAGGUGACACGAAAGAUGUCUCCGGUGGCGUGAGCUGGGUCUUGCGGCAGCUCCGGCCAGUGUCCUUCAAGUUCAACAAAGGGCCGGAGGCGAAGUACAGCCGAUACGGCUUCGUGGCGCAAGAGCUGCGAGAAGUGCUCCCCUCGCUGGUGCGAGACAUCAAGGGCGACGGGAGCGAAGGGCACUUGGCAGUGGUGUACCAGGACUUGAUCGCACUGCUUACGGCAGCUGCUCAGAUGCUGCAGGAGAAGGUCAGCAAGCAGGAAGCGAAGAUCACCAGGCUGGAAGAGCAGCUUGUGGCAGUGCACGAGAAGCUAGACAUGCUCCUGGAUCUGAAUGCCAAGCGGCAGGAGCGGCAAAUGGCCGUCUAA